AUGGCCGAGUCCAUCGAGAAAAAGGGCAAGAAUUGGCCUUUGAGUAAUCAUGAAGCUGUAAAAAAGUACAGAGAGAAGAAAAAAGCCCGAGCUGCUUCCCUAGAAGAUGAGGUUGUGAGACUUCGGGCCAAGAACCAACACUUGAUGAAGAGGCUGCAAGGACAAGCCCUAUUGGAGGCUGAGAUUGUUAGGCUUAAGUGCUUACUGGUGGAUAUCAGAGGUAGGAUGGAAGGGAAAAUUGGGUCUUUUUCUUACCAGAAGCUGAAUAAAGCUAGGGAUAUUUAUCGAUGUUUGGGGAAUCAUAAUAUUGAUCAGAAGCAGUGGCGGAGGUUCCGGAGGGUCAGGUUGAAAUCUGGCCCAGUCGUCGAGCUCUCCGGCAAGACGUGUCACCUGCGACGGCUCUACCACCUUCAGCUUCUUCCAAUGCUUCCAUUAGAAAGAAGCUUGAUUUCUGUGGCAGAAGCGAACACCACAGAUGGAGCGCCUUUGAUGGGGACCAGAAACUGGCAUGAAAGCUAUGCUUGUUAUGUAUACUUUAUGGAAGCAAACCAGGAAAAGAUAGUUGAGGCUGGUGGUCUCUCUUCAUUGCUGAUGCUCCUUACAACUUAUGAGGAUGAAAUGAGGCCAAUCAAGAGAUCAUAA